CUCCAAAGUUCAGAAACACCAUUUCAUCACUAACCUCAAAUUCACGCCAUUUUCACCGCUAACACCACGUCCACUUCCCCCAAAUUCUCCAUUUCAUAACUAACCUCCAAAUUCAUACCAUUUUCAAUCGUCAUUCUCUGCUGCCGUCGUCGCUCCGUCACGGUUUCGCCGCCGUCGCUCCUCUUGCUCACGCCAUCGUCGCGCUCUGUUGCCGCCGUGCUGCUGUCGCUCUCCAUGUUCGCGCCACUGUCGCUCCUCUUGCUUGUGCCGCCGUCGUUCCGCUGCUGCCGUGCCGUCGUCGCUCCUCCUACUUUGGUCCUUCUCCGCUCUCUCUCAAUCGAGCUCACAAGAACCAAGUUGGAAAUAAUUUUGGUUGGCGUUGUGCUUUUUGGGUGGAGGUUGCUUUAAUGCUUCCAUUUGCUAUAUAGGGGUUUACUUUGAAACCUUUGCAAAUGAAAGGUAUGGCUCCAGGUGGUUCAACAAAGGUGCUAGCCGCUGACACAGUUGUGCCAGGAGUUCAAGACGUGGAGGCUUCAAAUAGCAAAGAUGAGUCGGUGUCCUCGAGUGCAGAGGUUGGAGAUAAAAUCUCACAUGAACCUUCCAAGUCAAAAUCUGGAACCCCCGCAAUAUCAGAUCAGUUCUCACAAAUUUUUCAAGAUAUGAAAGAACUUUUGCUUGAUAAGAUUUUUGUCGUCACUAUUCUAGGUUACAUAGCAUACAACUUUGUUAUAGGUGCUUACUCAUAUUGGGCCCGAAAGCUGGUUAUAGCAUAUAUCAUAUCGUGAGACUUCGUUUGUCUAAUGACCACAUACUAAUGCAGAUAUGAUGUUUGGAGGAAUCACAGUUGUAUCUUGUAUGUGGAAUAUUGGGCACAUUAGCAGGAGGCAUUGCUCUUGAUUUCAUGACUAACUCCCUAUCAAAUGCAUUUAAGGUUGAUGAGAUUUUGCCACUUCUUCAUACCUGUUUGCGGCUUGCCCUUCAUACCAGAGUUCCACUUUUAUAUUUAAAUGUUUGCAGCUUCAUACCAGGGUUGGAAGAGAACGGUGAGGGGGGCGACGAUGUCAAGAGCUUUGAGGUGACGACGAUGACAGUUGCGGGAGAGAUUAACGUCGGUGAGGGGGUGCAAAACGGAGUCACUAACAGAGUUGGAGGAAAACUUGGUGCGGCGGUGAGGGAGCAACAGUGUCAAGAGCUUUGCGGCGACGACAAUGACGGUUGCGGGAGAGAUCGACGCCGUCGAGGGAGUGGUGGGGUGCAAAACGUACAAUAUAUGAAUGUGUAAUAACCGUAUGUAGUGGUUUAGCGUUUAGGUGCUAAUCCUAAUUUUUUCAAAUUUUAAAAUUUGAUAUUAAUUGUUUAAUUAAUUAAGAAUCUGAAUUUUAAUUUCAAAUUUAUCUUCCCUUUUUAAACCAUUGUUUACUAUAUACAUUGUUUUCUUAUACUUUUCCAAUGUAAAAUCACGAAUCAUUUUUUUCACUCCUCACUCACUCAAACAACCUCCCUCUUCUUUCUUUCUUCUUCCCUGGAUAACUCUUUCUUCUUCCCUGGAUAACUCUUUCUUCUUCUUCAAAUGGGUUUCACGAAACCCUCAGCAUACACAACCGUAAACCCAAAACACAGAUAUAAAGACCGCCCUCAUCCCCCUCAACUACACGUGUCGGACAUGCAAAGAGGGGUGCUGCAAAAUAUAACUUGCGUUUGGGAAUGACCAGGCCACUUGCAAAAUGCAGGUAGCGUUUGGUGUUGGGUAUAUGAAGAUGGUAA